GUACUUUACCAGGGUAUCUGAAAUAGAUAACCUUAAAACAGAAAACGUGUUUCAACAAGAUUCUACUGUGAAGGAUUCAAGUUGAUUUUUUGUCUGUUGCAGGUUAAAGUUGAGAAACAGGAAAGUGCUUUUGAUGACAGUUGGAUUGGAGCUGCACGUAGUGAUACAGCUACUCAGCAGAUCAAGAUCAAGAUGCAGGAGGAUGAAUUUGGAGAAUGUGAAUUAGCAACUAGCAGCAUCAAUGAUGAGUCGUCCUCACACAAUGAUUCAACUCCCAAUCAGAUGGCGAGAGUUAAGCAGGAGAAUGAUAGCAGCCAAGAACCAGCGCCAGAGUGCAGCACUGCAUGCUCUCCAACUGAUGAUGAUUUCAGCCAACAACAUUAUCUAAUCCCUGGCUAUAAUCUAAUAUUCAUCAAAGAGGAAGAAUAUGUUGAGCAAGAGGCAGAAGGAUGUUCAGUGGAGAGUGAACCGGAGAUGUGGCCUUCAAACUGCAGCACAUCUGAAACUGCCAAUGCAACAGAAGUGGGUGGACUGAAUGCACAUUCAAUCUCUCCCAUGGAAGAGUGCACUGAGCCAUCUGUGGCUGGCAAAAAGAUCAAGCUCUACAGCUGUGCUGACUGCAGCUAUAAAACUCCAUCGAUCACUCAUUGGAAGAGACACAUGACGAAACACACUGGGGAAAAGACUUUCAGUUGUGAGUUAUGUGACUAUAAAUGUGCUCGAUCAAGUGAUUUGAAAAAACAUAUUAGAACUCAUACAGGAGAAAGACCUUUCAGUUGUGAGUAUUGUGACUAUAAAUUUACUCAAUCUGGUACUUUGAAGGAACAUAUCAGAACACAUACAGGAGAAACACCUUUCAGCUGCAAGUAUUGUGGCUAUAAAUGUGCUCGAUCAAGUGAUUUGAAAUCACAUAUCAGAACACAUACAGGAGAAAGACCUUUCAGCUGCGAGUAUUGUGACUAUAAAUGUGCUCGAUCAAGUAAUUUGAAAAAACAUAUCAGAACACAUACAGGAGAAAGACCUUUCAGUUGUGAGUUAUGUGACUAUAAAUGUGCUCAAUCUGGUACUUUGAAGGAACAUAUCAGAACACAUACAGGAGAAACACCUUUCAGCUGCAAGUAUUGUGACUAUAAAUGUGCUCGAUCAAGUAAUUUGAAAAAACAUAUAAGAACACAUACAGGAGAAAUACCUUUCAGUUGUCAGUUAUGUGACUAUAAAUGUGCUCGAUCAAGUAAUUUGAAGAAACAUAUCAGAACACAUACAGGAGAAACACCUUUCAGCUGCAAGUAUUGUGACUAUAAAUGUGCUCGAUCAAGUGAUUUGAAAAAACAUAUUAUAACUCAUACAGGAGAAAGACCUUUCAGUUGUGAGAUAUGUGACUAUAAAUGUGCUCAAUCUGGUACUUUGAAGGAACAUAUCAGAACACAUACAGGAGAAACACCUUUCAGCUGCAAGUAUUGUGACUAUAAAUGUGCUCGAUCGAGUAAUUUGAAAAUACAUAUAAGAACACAUCAUAAAGGAGAAACAACUACUAGCUGAAAAUUUGUGACUUUACGUGUGCUCAUUCAAAUUCAUUUUACUGUGUUUCCUAGUAAGGUGGUCACUAAUAACAGGACAAGUGUAUUGAACAUGUGUGUACACACAAAUGUCGUCCUUAUUGUCGUGUCAUCACAGCUAAAGGCUUCAAACAACAUUUUUUGAGGUUCUGAGUAAGUAUCGGCUCACACCUCCCCAUCCCUCUAUUUAAAUUGCCAGGGUUGCCCUGGACUAGCGUCUGUGGAUGGGCGGAGUGGGGGAUGCUGCUCACAGUGUGGUGUGUGCCGGCGGGUGGUUGGGGACGGCUGGGCUCCUCGCGGUGUUGGGUGUCCUCCACAUACACCACGGUUGUCAUCUCACAACACUGAAAUUCUCUCCUUUCUGAGAGGUGAUAGGCCAUGCUUUGGCACUACCUGGAGGGAGGGGAGUCGCUAGGAGUGGUGGGAGAGUAGUGGCAGUUAUCACCGUCGUUGUAGUGCAUGGCAACAGGUCAAAACUUGUCAGAAAUGGUCUCCUAGUGUCUUCCAGACGAGCCUUUGUCACUGACUCCGGUCUGCCUCCAGAUCAAGUGGUGUUCGGUUCGUCCUCUUAGUGACCCCUACCGGUCACCAAAGGUCACCUGACCUGUUUUUUUUAGAUAAAUGAAAACUUAAACUCAAAUAGUGCAGCAAAGAAAAAAUAAGCAAUAUAAAUGUGGAGAUGCAGAAACCUAACCUCAACAAAUUUUGCUGGAAGCCUUUUGCUGUAAUGACACAACAAUCUAUGACAAUAUGUGUAUCAUGCAUGUCUCACCGUUAGUGGCCAGCCUUAUGAAAUCAACCUCGCACUUUCCAUUAGCUGCUCACAUUUAUUGAAACUACUUUAGGUAAACCUUGUCUUUAUCCAACUAAAUAUUUAUUCAAAAAGGUUAAAGUGUUAACAGUCCGUCAAUUAUAUAUUAAAAACCUCAUAAUUUUCAUUAGAAAUAAUAAAGAUAUUUUUCUAUUCCGUGAA